AUGUCAGAACGUCCUGCAAAACGUGUUCGCCAAGCAUGUGAGCCAUGUCGGCGCAAGAAAACGAGAUGCCCAGGCGAGAAGCCAAUAUGUUCGAAUUGUGCGAGACUAAGACAGAAUUGUUACUAUGCUGAUGAUGGAUUAAAUCGUGUGAACGAGAGAACCUCAACUGAAAGAACUCCGAUGCUAACACCGAGCCGGGUACAGGAGACGCACUUGAGAUCAUUCAGUGAUGUAAACUUAGAAGACAGAUUAAAAUCAGUCGAGGCUCAACUUGCAGAGGUUCUUUCAAAUCAAGUAUCCACGAGCAGGAGUGAAUCAAGGCAUAUCUCGAAUUCCCCUGUUUUGUCACACUUGGAACAUACAAUUAGGACGCCCAAUGAUUCUAGACUUUCGAGUAGCAAGCUACCACCAUAUGAGGCCAUCGUGAGCAUUGCAAAAACUUACCUGCUUUAUUGCGACUGUCAGCCGCUUCCUGUGUUUUGCCGGAAGGAUUUUGUUGAAUCAAUCAACGAGCGCGAUCCAGAGGUGAUCUUCUCGGUCCUAGCUUUAGCGAUACGCUUCUCAGACGACGACAUCUUCCUUGAUAACCAGUCUGAGCUUGUCACUGGAUAUGUAGAGGCAGCUCGAUCGAUUAUCUCAGGCAGGAUAUUCGGAGGUCGAGUGGAACUUUCCACACUACAGUCUCUAUGCCUUCUUAGUCUAGUGGACUUCACUAAUGGAAAUACACGACAAGCAAGCGUGCACAGUAGUCUGGCCAUGAGUCUGGCCCAGAAUGCAGGUCUCACAGCAGAGAGUCACGCUCCUUUAUCAAAUUCACUCCGUGAAGAACGCCGACGAUGCUUUUGGAGCUUGUUCCUUCUCAAAAGAUUACAUGGCGCCGAAUUCAACGUCAUAGAUUUCGCAGGUGAGGACAAUUUUCCGUGGUAUCCGGAAACCACAGGGAGACCCUUGAAUCCCGGCCAGUUCACGAGCGGAGAAACUCCCAGUCUCUCAAUUCCUGAUACUCAGGACAAAGGCGUCGUUGCAUAUGCAAUUCAGCUCAGUGAAGUGUGGUUCAAGAUUACUCGUUACGCGAGAAGACGUGGAAGUCCUAGUACUUUACCUCCAUGGUCUCCCCAAUCAGACUACGCAAUAAUAAUGGCUCAGCAAAUGGACUUUGAGACCCGUACCUCACAAAUUCAUCGCUUUAAAUCAGCCAAAUUCUCCCAAAGAUCUACCGAAGAUUUGCAUGCGAAUCGAGAUUAUUGGGGCCCUUGGCUAUUUAUCCAAUUUUUAUAUCACACAAACCUUUGUCUUCUGAAUAAUCCCCUUUUGUUAUCACUUCGAUUAAAAAACAUCAAAUCUGCCAUCCCUGAGAUUUUCCUACAGCAUAUUUCAGAUUUGAUCUCAUCACAUGCUAGCUGGGUCAUCAGAUACAUUGAUAUGUUGGAAGCCAAAUCCUUCAAAGUUUCUGAUCCAUUUCUUGCUCAUUGUGUAGCGAUCAUUGCAACGAUAUAUUUACAGGAGUGCUUUGCCGAGGACCCCAUUGUGCGACAACAAAAACGAGACAAUUUUGAUAAGUGUCUGAGAUUCAUUCGAGAUUUCAAAGAGUGGCCGCAUGUAGCUCGAAUGGCGGAAAAGCUUCAACGACUUUGUGACACAGUUUCAUCCACAUAUACAAAUCCAGAUGCACCACCUCAAAGCCCCAAUCGCAGUCUUCUUAUUGACCUUGGCCAGUUUUGGGAAAUUCUCGAAUAUUCUUCAUCUAGUGAAAUACCAACAUCGGCUCGUCGUCUAUUCGGGCCAUCCUUGUAUUCAGCUUCGAUCCCUGCUACUCAUGAAAUCAGCCAUGCAUCAUCAUUGCCUGAGCCAACUAGGGUCGAUAGACAAGAAUUUGAGGGCUCCGACCCCAACUCAGUGAGCACUAGUGUGGUGAAUUUGGGGGGAAAUGGACCGCUAGGACAAGAGCAAGAGUUGAUUCAACCGCCAUUCAAUUAUUCUGAUGACGAACUGGCGCCAUUGCAGACGAACAGAAUUAGUGUACCAGAGGUUAUUCCAGGAUCGAUCGACGAGUCUUUUGAGGCUAGUCAUAGUUUGGCUACCGCUACUCAAUAUUCGAUAUCGGCAGUACCCGGCGAGCCCAACUUUGAGUCUGGAACUCAUAGGCUACAGAAUGCGCGGAAUCAAAAUGCACGUCUCAGUUCAAUAUCACAUCACCAAGAUGUAAUUUUCCUGGAAAUACUGGAUUCCAUCAAGGAUGAGAGAUUAUACUCCACAGAAAAUAAACGCGAGUUCAAAAAGUGUCCACGCAUCAGAGCGCCAGUACAUACAUAG